CGCAGCAGUCAGGGCGUGUUGUGCUUCGAGUCUUGGCCGUAGGAAGUCAUUGAUCCGGGGCGUUUUGUGGCGACUGACGACAGCAAACUGGAAUUUGUGUUGUGUUGUUCGAGAAAAUGGGUGUAACUAGUUGAAAUUCGGCGAUUCCUCAGUGUCCGAGCAGGUGCGUCCGGUGUGCAGAGUUUUCCGGCCAGUCGAGGAUGCGCGAUUAGCCACAAUGUUCCGCUGCAUUCCCAUUUUCAAAGGUUGCAAUCGGCAAGUCGACUACGUUGAUAAGAGGCACUGCUCGCUGCAAACGGUGCCCGAAGACAUCCUCCGCUACUCGAGGAGCCUGGAGGAACUGCUGCUCGACUCGAACCACAUUAGAGACCUGCCCAAGAACUUUUUCCGGCUCAACAAGCUACGCAAGCUAGGCCUGAGCGACAAUGAAGUCCAGCGCCUGCCGUCGGACAUCCAGAACUUCGAGAAUCUGGUCGAGUUGGACGUGUCCAGAAAUGACAUUCCGGACAUCCCAGAGCAAAUCAAAUUCCUCAAAGCGCUGCAGGUGGCGGAUUUCAGUAGCAACCCCAUUUCCAGGUUGCCAAACGGAUUCACUCAGCUGAUGAAUCUGACGGUGCUGGGGCUGAACGACAUGUCCUUGACGAACCUGCCGUCCGACCUGGGCAGUCUGACCUCGCUGACCUCGUUGGAGCUGAGGGAGAAUCUGCUCAGACAGCUGCCCGACUCGCUGGCCCAUCUGACCAAAUUGGAGCGGCUCGACUUGGGAGACAACGAGAUUGACAUGCUGCCGCACCACAUUGGCCAACUGCCUGCGCUGCAAGAACUUUGGUUAGACCACAACCAGCUGCAAUAUUUGCCGCCCGAAAUGGGAGAGCUCAAAAAACUCACAUGCCUGGACGUGUCCGAGAACAGACUGGAGGCGCUUCCCGACGAAAUAGGUGGACUCGAAUCUCUGACUGAUCUUCACUUGUCGCAGAACGUCCUCGAGGUCCUUCCGGACGGACUCGGGAAGCUGCACAAGCUGACCAUCCUUAAAGUGGACCAGAACCGACUAUCAAAUCUGAACGCUUGCAUCGGCAUGUGCUGCAACCUGCAGGAAUUGAUCUUGACUGAAAACUUCUUGACGCAGCUUCCAGCCACAAUCGGCCAACUAGUUAAGCUCACCAAUUUAAAUGUGGACAGAAAUAGUUUGCAAACUAUCCCCAGAGAAAUAGGCCAUCUGUGUCACCUCGGUGUUUUGUCCUUGCGAGACAACAGAUUGCUUUACCUGCCACAGGAAAUAGGCCAUUGCAAGGCGCUCCAAGUGCUGGAUAUAGCUGGAAAUAGAUUGCAGUACUUGCCAAUGUCUUUGGCAACACUGGGCCUUAAAGCCGUGUGGCUGUCGGAAAACCAAGCUCAACCAAUGCUCAAGUUCCAAACAGAUAUUGAUGAGGCGACGGGAGAAGAGGUGCUGACCUGCUUCCUCUUGCCACAGCAGGAAAUGAGGCACCACGAGGGCUUCGGACAUGUCAAUCACUCACUGAACAGCGAUGGCGAGGAAGAAGAGGUCGAGGAGGAGGACGACCGCGCCUGGCAGGAGAGGGAGAACUCGCGCACUCACUCGGUCAAGUUCACCGACGCACACGAUCCCAAGGCGGAGGACAGAGAUCAGACGCCUUUCGUGCGCCAAAACACGCCUCACCCCAGGGAGUUGAAAGCCAAGGCGCACAAGCUGUUCGGCAAAGGUGGCAAGGAUGGCCGCAGCAGCAUGGAUUCGCAAGGACAGGAUUAUUCCAAUAUGGAUGGCGAGGCCGAUUUGCCUUUAGAGCAGCAGGAAUUGCCGUCCAAGUUGGAGGAACAAAGAGAGCUUCACGUGAUUAACGCGAAGGCAGCAGCGGCGGUUGCCAAGGCCAAAGCGGAGGCCAGAGCCAGCACGCCAAUGGACGACCAAGUGGCAGCCGAGGAGGAAGAGGAGGAGGACGAAUUCACAGACGCGAUGGUCGUCGAGGAGAGCAAGCCUAUUGUGGAGCCGGUGGUAGUCACCGCGGCGCAAAAUGGUCACCACCAUGAUGUUGUUGAGGUCGAGGAGAACGAGACUUUGGUGGCAGUGGCGACGGCAGCGGCAGACGACUCGACUGACCUUGAUCUGCAAGAGGAGGGUCGUGUUCGGUUUGACCCUGUUAGUGGGAAGCGCGAGGAAGACGAGCCACGUGCAAAUCGGUUGCAUAGACGAGACACGCCGCACCACUUGAAAAAUAAACGCAUCCAGUCAGCUGGAUCGGAUAGGGAACAAGUGGCGCAAAUAUUGGCGCAGGCCGGCAAAAAGAAGGAGGAUCAAGAACCAGCCAAUAGGCUUUCUGGUGCUGACCUCGAGCCAGACUCCACUGGUAAAAUUUUGAAAUUGAGGCGUGUCAACUUAAUUUUAUUUCUUUCGUUAGAUGCAGCAAUGCCGAGGUACGAAGAUGAGCUUAGGAUUAUUAUUGAGAAGAGAGGCCAGGGCCUUGGCUUGUCGAUUGCCGGAGGCCGCGGCUCGGUGCCCUUCCGAGGAAACGAUGAAAGUGUGUUCAUUUCCAAGGUCACGCCUGGUGCUCCAGCCGAACUUGCCGGAUUAAGGGUCGGCGAUCGUAUUUUAGCCGUAAACGGCAUGUCUUUGAUUGGUGCUGACCAUUACGAAGCAGUGGAGAUGCUGAAGGCCUCUGGACAAACACUGGACAUGAUUGUCGGCAGAGAGAUUCUUAGACCCAUCAUUCAAGUUAAGCAGAGUCCAAACCCACGAGCUGAGUCUGCGAUGGAUCAGCCACACCACCGGCCCCCGUCAGCAAACGGCAGCAUCAACUCGUUCCACUCACUGCCCGCCACCCCGACAGUCACUGUGAGAAACGCACCACCGACGUCUGCCAGUGUGAUCGGUAGGGAAGGCAUGGAGCUGAGGAAGGAGAUGGUGCACACCACCCUGAUAAGGGACUCGAACGGCCUGGGAUUCAGUAUUGCUGGUGGCAAGGGCUCGCCUGGCUUCAAGGAGGGCUCAGAUGUGAGUGUCUCUCCCGAGGCGAUUUAUGUGUCCAAAAUCACUGAAGGAGGAGCUGCGGAAAAGGACGGAAAGCUUUUGGUCGGAGAUAAAGUUAUAUCAAUAAACGGUCUGGACGUGCAGGGAGCGCGGCAUGAUCAAGCCGUGGCCAUGCUGAAGGGCCUGGAGCGGUUUGUGCGGCUGGUCAUUGAGCGCGACGUGUGGGUGCCGGUCGGCCAGACGGACCCGUCGGGCAAGGUGCCGCACGUAUUUGGCGUGCCUAAGCCAUACACUGGCCUGCACUACGCGGCCAACAGCUACAUGGCGAACCGGCCCAACAUGACUUCAUACCGCCGGCCCAACCUCAGUUCCAGCUCGCCAGACUCGUCGACUAACUUUAAGCUGCAAGGUCUGCGCAAUGAGGCUGUACAGCUGCCGCCCAAAUCACCCCCCGUGUCGACGCUCACCUCAUCCGUGUCGCAGCCGGAGAAUGUGAGUAAGGUUCCACCGCAGCCGGCGCCACGCAGACUCAACUCGAUCUCGAGUCAGAGCGAGUUGAAAACUGAGGAGAAGGCGGUGGUGCCGGUCGAGCCGCCGUCCAUCCCCAAGCCCAUCACCAACGAGGACUUUGAGGCCAUGAUCCCGCCGCACUUCCUCAACAACAACGCUGCCGCUGAGGACAGCGCUCCUUCCAGUGGCGCCCUCGUUAGCGUCACCAUAAAAAAGCCAGACCCUGUCGCGCAGCAGCUGCAGGAGAAGUUCCCGCCUGCGCCUACCGCCCUCGGAAAACUGACCGAGACCAUCGUUAAAAGCUGCCUGACGGAGACCGUGGUCACCAGAGUGACGGACAAUAAACUCAAGAAUGAGCCUGUUAUCAUUGAGGACGUUGUGCUUGAUAAGUCUGCCGGGACGCUCGGCUUCAGUAUCAUUGGUGGCACAGACCACUCGUCAGUUCCGUUCGGCAAGCACGCGCCGGGCAUUUUCAUUUCGCAUGUUGUUCCUGGUGGGCAAGCGUGGAAUUCAGGCAAAUUGAGGAUGGGCGACCGAAUCCUCAAAGUCAAUGAUAAAGACUUGGAAGGCUGCACUCACAUUCAGGCUGUAACAGCCCUCACAGACGCACUUAGCACCAUCACACUGUCCAUCCAGCACGACCCGCUGCCAGAUGGAUACAAGGAGGUGACAAUAACCAAGGAGGACGGAGAAAAGUUAGGAAUGCAUAUCAAAGGAGGAACAGGGUCGUCAAAACAGGGAAAUCCACUGGACGCCACUGACCAGGGAGUUUUUGUGUCGAAAAUCAAUUCGAGCGGUGCUGCUAGCAGACAAGGAGGCCUUCAGGUUGGCCAAAGAAUUUUGGAGGUAAACGGCGUGUCUCUGCUAGGCGCGUCACACCUGACGGCAGUGAACGCGCUGCGCAGUGCAGGCAACAAGAUCCACCUGACCGUGUGCCAGGGCUACACGAGGGAGGAGGUGGAGCGACUGACCCGCGAGGGCAAGCUGACCAGGGAGAUCAGGUCGCAGUCGCAGAGCGUGUCCAGUCUCGACAUGGAGGAUGUCGAAGACACCAGCAAGCAGGAGCACAACAUGAAACUGGAGAUGGCCGAGUGGGAGAAGGAGGCCGCCGAGAAGAUGCGAAAUUUGGAGCUGGAACAACAACAACAACAACAACAGAUCGUCGCUGAUUCCCAGGCGCCACUCACCACCAGCACCAACGACAACGCCCUUGUAGAGGCGCAGAGGGAAAAGUCAACACCUGAAAAGGUGUUGGACAUGGUGCGAGCGGCCGAGAUGCUGGUGCCGCAGCUGAACAGCGGCAGCGCGGCCAACAACGCCAACAAUAACGUUGCUAGUGCAACCGGCGGCGACUCGGCGGCCACGCCGACGACGCCAAAGUCGCCGAGGCUGGAUCUGAAGACAACGACGAUCGUCAUGAGCAAACACACGCUCGGCCCACACACCAGCACCCCUGCACCCUCCGGUCCCAAUCCCUCGCGGAUCCCCGUCCUGGACAAGUCGGCUGGCGGAGCUUCGGCCUCGCCGAGCCCGCCGUCACUGUCCCCGAUCCCCGGCCACAAGAGCCCAUCGCCCAAGGACGGCGCCUCGCCACUGCCGCCGCUUCUCAGCGACUCGCCGUUGCCGCCCCUGGACGAGGUGUCCGGCGUCGAGGAGCUGGCCGCCGCUGCCGCCACAGAGGAACAGGACAGCGUCUACUCUUCGGCGGAGGAUUUGCUCGACCCCAUAAUCCGCAGCCGAAGGCCGAACGCUAAGUUUACCAACACGCCUGUCAAGGUUCCAGCCACGAGUGGCAUUCCGCUUCCGACCUCCGUCAGCGACAAGUUGAAAUUCUUCGAGAAGGCGAUGGUGGAGCAGCAACAUCCUGCAGCUAAGACUGACCGAGUUUUCUCCUUCCUCAGCAAGGAUGAGGUUGAAAGGAUGAAACAGGAGGAGGAAAAGAAGAUUGCCAACCUGACGCACGAGGAGCUGAAGACCUGGGCCGAGAUGGACCAGGAGGAAGACGACGCGAACGUCGCAGCUAUAGCAGCUGCCGCCUCGGAGGCAGCGUCCCCGAGGGCGUCUCAUAUUCCCGUGCCAAUCGAGCCGGCCCUGUCGAAGCCGUCAGUGCCGCCGCCAAUCAGCGCCAAACCGUCCAACCUGCCCUCGAGCGUGCGCACAGCCAAGGCAGAGAAGAGAAUGCGCGAGAUCUUGGCAAACGAGGGCCUGCUGAAUGAAGCAACUGCUAACUUUGCGGAACUGUCGCCCGCGGAGCAGAGACAAAAGCAGGCAGAGAUGAGGGCCGCCUGGAGACAGGCAAGAUUGAAGUCGUUGGAGCAGGACGCGUUGCAAGCCCAAAUGGUGAUCAAGAAAAUGUCAGAAAUGAUUGAGACAAGCCCGGCCGCCCUGUCGCCGAUAGAGUGCACCGCAAAAACUACGACAAUCACGACGACCUUACAGCCGGAUAAGGACAACAACCUUACCGAGAAUGAUGAUAACCUGACCGCCAGGGACGAAGAAAAUAACGUGACGGUGGAGACGUGCCGCGAGAAGAUUAUCAGUCUGGAGCUGAGCAAACCGGAAGUGAAGCCGCUAGAGCGGCCGACCGAAUCUCCGCCUCCACCGCCCCCGUCGGCCGUCAGGGCGGUGAGCCCACCGUCGGAGGCGCCGCCUCCGCCGCCCCCGGCCGGUUCGACGCCCAAGAGCCGCAUCCCGCGGCCGAGCAACCUUAGCCUUUCUUCGCAGCCCGAGUCUGAUGGGGAUGAGGACGACGCCGAGUCGAGCAGCACGGCCGCAGAGACGCCGACGUCGCCGCUCGCGGCGCCAACAGGCGUCAAGCGCAAGCGAAAUAAGAAGAAGGGCGCCCGCAAGGGCAAACACUGACGAGUGAAAAGCGGAGGAUAUGGCUGCAAAAUUGAGUUUAUUCACUGUGCAGUUACAAUAAUUAGGAAUUUACAAAAGACAGUGCUGCUAAAAGCGUGGUGCUUUUCCGCAAGACGUGUCGUCUAUUUUUAUACACACAUGAACGACGACACCCUUUUUUAGACUAACCAAGCGAUUCUGCCAGACACUCAGAUACUUAUGAUUAGUUGUAAAUCUCAUCCCUUUCUACUCAAUGUUUGUGUUGACGUGAGGAAAUCCAUUCCAUUUAAUGCAGUUAUGAUACGACUCCCUCUGUCCUUGUUUUUACCCGACCCAGUUUUCGAUGCUAAUGCCUAGCACUUUUGUACAAAAUUUAUUCGAUUUAAAGAAUAUCUAUUUAUAAUCUUACAAUUGAUUAACUAAUUAUUGUUAAGAUACCAGCUAUAGGCGUCUUCUAUUUUUUCUGUAGUUGAGUAAGUGACUCGAGAAAUGUAAUUUUGUAGCUCCCUUGGUGUUGGAGGAUUAAAUAAUUUUAAUAUUAA